AUGAGCAACAGUGCUGGCUCGUCUCCUUUCCUGGAGAGUCCGGUGCAGUCGCCUUCAAAAGUCAAUGGAGCAGCUGAGAAGGAACGGAAGCUUAUUUCAUUACAGUAUAAGCUGAAUACAAUUCAGAACGAGUUUGAGAUUGAACGCUUGAGGUUACAACAGCAGAAUAAUUCCAUUGAUAAGAAGUACAGAACCACCGUGGAAGAGCUUGAAAAGGCUUUGAACGAUACAAAAUUCCUUUACGAUAACAAUAAUAAAUUGGAGAAGGAAUUGAAUGAGUUUAAAAGGAAACUUGGUGACAUCGAAUCAAGCAAGGAUGAAGAGAUACAAAAAUUGAAACUACAAUUGCAUACCAACGAGACCGAGGCUGCUCAAACCAUUUCGGGAUAUCGUUCAAAGAUUCACAAGGAAGAACAAGAGAAUGACACGCAAAGAAUGGAGCUUCGCAAUUGCAAAUCCCUUCUGGAGAGGUAUAAGGAAGCAAUUGCCGUCAAGUCUGAAGAAAUUAACAAUUUACAAAGAGAGAAGUCCGAAAUGAGUGGCGAAAUUGAUGCUCUGCGAGUAUCCCGUCUUGUUAUGGCUCAUCAUAAUUAUUCUACUGAGGAAUUGCAGGAACUGACUGUGAUAAAUAAGUCUCUUCAAGAUCAGAUUCAGUAUACUAAGGAAUUGGAAGAAGUUAACUUACAACAGGCGAACGAGCUUAAAAAACUGAGGAUAAGCAGUGAAUCCCAGCAAUUUUGGAGGACUGAGAAUGGCAAAUUGCAAAACAAAUUGGAGCAAACCUGGCUGCUUGAAAAAAAACUAGAGGAAAUUCAACUGGAAAACAUAAAUUUAAAGUCACAGUUAGCCUCAUGGGAUAUAUACAAUGAAGACAAGGAUAGACCAGAAGAUAUCGUUCGUGAACUAAAACUGGCGAAAGACACAUUAGUGGUCCUUACCGACGAGAAUGAGAAGAUUCACCUGGAUAAUAAUAAUUUAAAGAUACUGAAUGAUGAGUUAGCUUUAGAGAGGAAUCAACUCUUGGAUCUGAAUAAGAAUUAUGAGACAAGCAUUAUCAAUUUCAAGAGAUUAAACCAUGAAAUUGAACAGCAAAAGCAACUAUCGUUCGAAGAAUGCAAACUGCUGAGGAAACAACUUGAUGAGCUAACAGCAUUCAAUGUGGAAGCUGGACAAGCCGAAAAAGGCGCCAACACAGAAGAGGUUAAAAACUUUGAAUCGAUAGUUGAUGGCUAUAAGAAUCAAACAGAGGACCUUACGGAAGAGCUCAGGAAGCUCAACGACCAACUCUUGUCUCAAGAGCCCCAAUCAAAAAAGAGAAAGUUGAGCGAUCAGCUUGGACUAAACUAUUCUCAGAGGCUGAAUGAGCUCCAGCUUAAUUGUGUCAGCCUUCAACGAGAAUUGCAGAAAAGUCAAAACCUUAACAAGAUACUAGAAGAAAAGGUUCAUAGGCUAACCGAACUGAAGGAAAAGAGAAUUCGUAUUCUGCAGCUGCGAGACAACCCUCUGCUGAAAGACCAAUUUGUUAGGCGCAAGCAACUGGAGCUGCUCAAGAAAGAGAAUCAAGAUCUACUCCAGGAACUCGAGACUGGAAAGGAAGGUCCUAUGGAUCGAAUCCCAAGAUCAAUUUACGAAUCACUUUCAUUUGACUUGAAGGAACGAGAUGAUGAUCUGGUGAAAGCUGGUAAAAAGUUUAUUAGACUGAAAGAGAUGUUCACGAAGAAAUCACAAGAAUUUAUCGAUGUAGUUAACUCACUUUUGGGUUUCAAACUUGAGUUUCAGCAAGAGGGUAGAGUCAAAAUUUUUCCUUGCUUCAAACCGGAGCGGUAUUUGAUCGCUGAUCUGAACCAUAAUACGCUCAAAUCAAAUCUCAAUUCUGAUUUCCAAGACUGGGACGCUCUCCUUCAUCUAUGGGUUGAAAAAAGAGGCCAAAUUCCCUGCUUCCUAGCGGCCCUUACGUUGAAACUAUGGGAAAUGUCUUCCGACAGUCAAGCAUCAAAGGAAUACCCGAAGUGA